AUGUCACCAUUGCUAAUUUCCCUUCUCCCCUUUCUCCUGUUCUCCACAUCUUGGGGACAUCAUGGCAGAUGUCUUGUAGAGAGGAAGCAGAAGGAGGCUGCCAGCGCAGAAUCUGGACUAACAAAGUGCCAGCAGUAUUCUAGCCAUUCUUGCUGCUCUCAGGAACACAUAGAUGCCCCUCCAUUCACCCCUUUCCCAUGGGAUGGAUGUGGACCCCUCAGUUCCAGGUGUGAAGAAUACAUCAGCCGUGUGCAAUGUAUGCAUCUCUGCUCCCCACACAUCUCCAAGUGGGGUCUUCCUGGAUCGCCCGGCGGGAUACACGAGCUGCCCCUCUGUGACAGAUUUUGUGACCAAUGGUUUGAUGCAUGUAAAGAAGAUUUAAUCUGCUCAGGAUACACAAACACUGAAAGCAACUGCAGCAACGGCUGUAUCACAUACACACAGGCGAGUGCGCCAUUCAUUCUUCGUUUUCUUUUAAUCCUUCCAAAAACAAAUCUGUCACUACAUAACAUAGCGCAGGGCUUAAAAUUUUGA